AUGUCCAUCUUAUCAAAUGAAAUGUUUAAGGAGGCCAUGCCUAGUCAGCUUUCUCUGUUUGACCUGCCACCAACUCAGACUGCCGUAGAAAAUAUUUACUUUCAGGAUGUGAGCCCUAUAUCACAAAUUUCAGACAGUUCACCAAUUGAAUUUCAACUUUCAGCUCAAAAUGGAAUGGAUUAUGUUGAUCUCAAAAGAAGUAGACUGUAUGUUAAACUAAAAGUAACGAAUGGCGAAAAAGCACUUGCAAGCGAGGAUAUAGUGGGACCAGUGAAUUUACUUUUACCAUCACUUUUUAGUCAGCUGGAUGUAUCUAUGCAAAAUAAGCCCAUUAACAGUUCAGGAGCGCAUUAUCCGUACUUGAGUAUGUUGAGCACUCUCAUCAACUAUGGAGCUGAUGCAAAGUCAUCACAAUUGACUUCACAGUUAUGGGAGAGUGAUACUGCCGGAGAAUUUGACGAUGCCAAUGCUAAAAAUGGGGAAAAUGCUGGUCUUUUAAGAAGGGCUGUAUUCGUCAAGGGAAGUAAGAGUGUAGACCUUGAAGGACCGAUUAUGCAUGAGCUGUUUCAAAUGGAUAGAUAUAUUCUUAAUCAAGUUGGCAUAUCUCUAAAUUUUUACCGUACACGAGCUGAGUUUUGUCUCAUGUCAACCAUCGCUAGUGGGAAAAAUUAUCAAAUACAACUAGAAGAAGUUAUUCUUCGCGUUUGUAAAUGUAAAAUAAAUCCCGCCGUGAUACUCAGUCAUGCUAAAAUGUUGGAGACAACAACUGCCAAAUAUCCAUUCAAAAAGAGCAUUGUCAAAAUGUAUAAUCUUGCCAAAGGUCUUCUCAAUGUUUCUCUGGAAAACAUGUUUUCCGGAACAAGACCAGACCGUCUCUACAUUGCGUUUGUAUCAUCACUGGCUGCGGCUGGAGAUUAUUCAAAGAAUCCAUAUAAUUUUCAACAUUUCAACAUCUCUCAAAUUGCAUUGUAUAGCGAUGGAAAUCCAGUGGGAAAUACCCCUAUCAAAUUAAAUUUUGAUGCAGCGAGUGGGAAGAACGUUGUCGCAGCAUAUGUAAAUUUAUUUGAUAAUGCCUCAAAAUGGCUUUUCGAUGGAGGAAAUGCAAUAACUAGAAAGCAAUUUGCUGAGGGUGGGAAUGUUAUAUUCUGCUUUGAUCUUGAACCCACAUUUGAGCAGGGUGAAUAUCUUACAUUACUUAAACAGGGGAAUGUGCGCAUAGAGGCACAGUUUAGUGUAGCCCUACCAGAGACCGUGACAGCCAUUGUUUGGGGACAAUAUUCCGCUCUUUUUGAGAUAAAUCAGAGGAGGAGACCAUAUUAUACCUACCAAUGUAAAGGUAUGACUGCAUCUGUUAAAAAACAUCGGGAGUUUCUCAGAUUGUUGACGACAACCCACAAGAUUCAGCGAGUGCACAUGCUUCAAACCAUCAGAAACAAUCAAUUUAACAUUUUAGUGGAAAUAGUGUACAACAUUCUUCAUGCUGAGGUUGUAUUAGUUCCAAAAGAAAAAUACCAGAAAUUGUUAGAAAAUCACGAACGAAUUUUAAAUGAUGCAAGUGAUAAGGAUAGCUUGAAAAUGUGUGGAGAGGGGGGAGGGACACAGAAUAAGGUGGAUGACGUGAAUGAUGGACAGAAAGAAAUUAACAUCGAGCGUGAUGAAAAGUCUGACACAGAUCUUGAGGACACGGAGAUCUAG